UCUAGAGCAGGCGAGCCCCCGGCACUUUCGGUAGGUUUGGCUUGCGCGGGUUUUUGCAGAUCUGGGGCGAGCUUGCACGUCGUAUCGCCGGUGCAUCUCUCCUUGCUUGCUUCCGUUGCCACCACUUAGGCCUCUAUUGCAGAAAUCGCCAUACACUCUUAAGGGCCGCAGAAUCGGGAAGACCUUGCUGACUGGCACACUCUUGGCAGAUCUACGUGCACAAGUUGGACGGAGACGUGUAGAUUUCAUUUUCCCCAGCUUUACAGCUUCUCUUUGGCCCUCGGGCCAGGUUAGCUUCUCAGGACAGGCCUCCCCAGCCUCGACCCGGAAGCUGAGGGGCAAAAACUCAGAAAAGCAAUUACUCCUCCCUGGUGAGGCUUCUGGAGGAGCAUUAAUAGCGACAUGAUUCCACUUGCAGCCCUAUAGAGAUUGGUUUCUCUGUCUUCCCUUACAGUCGUGGUCUUAACGUUCCUGUGUUAAGUGCCAGAAUGAGUGACCGCUAUCUAGAACAAAGGAUUAGUAUCAAAUUUUGCGUCAAAUUGAACAAGUCUGCAAGUGAGACCCACCACCUUUUAAAAGAAGCUUAUGGGGAUGAAGUCAUGUCCAGGGCCAGAGUUUUCGACUGGCACAAAAGGUUUAAAGAAGGGCGGGAAGACGUUCGAGAUGACGCCCGAAGUGGCCGUCCAGUCACCCACCGGACGGAUGAAAAUAUUCAGAAGGUCAAGGACUUGGUUUGUUCAAACAGGCGGUUGACAGUGAGGAUGAUGGCCGAAGAGUUAAAUUUAGAUAAAGAAACUGUUAGACUCAUUCUGAAAGAAAACUUGAAUAUGAGAAAAGUUUCUGCAAAAGUCCUCUCGGGUAUUUUGAAGGAUGAACCUCAGCCUGGGAAACUUGACUUUCGGUCUGAUCUUUCAAGGGAAACUAGGAAAAAUAGCUCGUGUGUAAGGAAAAAGAUAACAAGUUCUGAAACAUGGACUCAUCUCCAGUGUGAAGCUGGCGGGGAGAUACCUCUGCCUGUAUCUCAUCCCCAGAACCACUUCCCUGCCAGCCAGCUUCUGCAUGCUUCAUCAUCAACAAGCCUUCCCACCAGAGCAGCUCAGGACUGGUUCACACCAUGGUGAAAGGAAUGUGAGGUGGCCGAGCCUGAGGUAGAAAGCUGCCUCACAGUUGGGCACCUUCCUUUGCUGCCCCUCCAUUUUCAGUCUUUACCAUUCCUUCCCCCAUGUCACAGCCCUCCCAGUUACUCUUGCUGGACUGCUGGGCCAUCCUCCAGUUUUGAAGAACUUCUGGCUGUUGACUGCUGGUACUUGUUUGUUCUUGAAUUCUUUUGCUUAACAAGUUUGGAUCUCCUUGCUGCCCAGACCUUAGCUUGUGGCUAUCCUGUUCCCGUGUUCUCAACAUCCUGCCUCAGGGGUUCAUACCAUUGAAAGGUGGGAACAGGACCCCCUGGAGUCUUUCUGUCCUCAGGAAGGCAUAUUCUUCUGGGAGGACCCCAAAAGAAGGCCUACAGUUCCAGCCUGCUUCCCAGGCAGGACCUGAGGUACGGUACAGAAGGCUGUGGCACGCCGACCUAGUGAGCAAUGCUAGGGGCAUAUCCAGCCCAAAUGACUCAGUAGGAACCCCUCAGUAUUGAGAGGUUGGCCACCCAUACUAAUCUCACAGACCUGUCUCUCACAGAAGAGCUGGAUUUGUUUCAUUAGUCCCAUGCUUCGCACCCCCAUUCGUUUGGGUAACUCCUCUGCUGGAAAAGGAGGAUUUGGUCCUAGAAAAUAUAAGUGAGGAGACUCAGGCCCAGGCUGUGAUGUGUGAGGAGGAAGACAAGAGGAUACUCUAGACCUUGAAUUAAGGGCGUCUGCUGCUCAUGUGCUGAUUCCCACACAGCUAUAACUAAUACCAACACUGUCGGGUGUUUUUUGAGCACGUGCAGUUUUAAAAACACUCCUGGGCAUUGAAAGUGUGAAAUUAUAAAACACGGUCACCACAAGGUGGGUGGACUUCCAGAUGAGAUGAUUCCUGAACUGGAUCCAUAAGGAAGGGUGAGACAGGAGGCUAGGAAAUUAGCGGAAGCUUCCCAAGCAGGUGAAACAGCAUGAGGCUUCAAACCUGCAUCAGUGUGAAAAUGAUGGCACUCUUGGCUGAAAUAGCAAAGUCUGGAGGAAGAUAAUAGUGUUGCAGAAGAUGAACAAUUUGGGAUAAUUUGCUUCCCUUCCUCUGCCCCAACUAUGCCAUUAUUUUAUAAAUUGCAUCCCCUGAGUCUGUGGCUAGGUUUAUAAUAAUUCACUUAUUUGAUUAUCUAAUUUUUCCAUCAGACCCCCCCCCCCAACGCCAAAAAAAAAAGCAUUCUCUGCAAGUUCGAACUCCUUUAUCUCUUUCUGCCUCUCUGCCAGGAUUUAUGCAGUGGAACUUUUCCCAAGUGGAUUCCAAGUAAUACCACAUAGACUGGAGACAUCUCAGAAAUGCCUGAUGGAGAUGCAGUGGAAGAUGGUUAAAAACAGCAUUUCACAGGAAUAGCCAAUGUCUGUUUUACCCAAGGGUUUUCACAUGCAAAGCUCCUAUUAUUGAACUAGUAGAUUAGUAAACCAUAUUGGUUGAGAGAAGCCCGGCACUUAAUUAUUCAACACAGUUAUUUUUAGUUCUGUUCUUUCACUAUCUCUGUCCCCUUCAAAAAAUGGCAUAUUCCCAACUAACACCUGUCAGUUUUGAGGCACCCUUAAACCUACACCUUAUGCAACAAAUAAAAGAUCUUGUGCAAGAAAAAUCUUAAACCAAACAACAGCUCAUAGACUUCUACCUACUUAGCGAUUUGUAGACUUUCUGUUUCAGGACGUCAUCUGACGUCUUCCACAUCAGAAGAGGUUCUGGGUUCCCCACAAGCACUUGCCACCAGGAACACUGCACUUCUGGAACAAAGGCCCCGUACCUGGCUGUUGCAACUUUGGGGCUGAACCUCAUUAAUCCUUGCUAGGUUCAGUGGUAAUUAUUGGAGAAUUGGAUGCUCCUCGGCCAGGGCCAGGAUCCUACAACAGUAUCUCUAGGCAACAUCUCCAACCUGAGAGAACUUAUUUCUGGACUCAUUCCUGUCCUGUAAACAGGGCUGGCGUGAGCCUUCCAAAGAUGCUGGACCAAGACCAUGCUGGAGCAUAGGGUACCACAAGCAAUGGUGGCCCAGACAGGGUUUGGACACAGCUACUGGAAGCAGGAUAGAAAUGCCUAUUGAUGUGCCAAGCCUGCCUCCUCCCAUACUGGGAUGCUCAAGCAACCUGGACGCACAUGGAAAUAUUUGGUAUUCCAAACUGGGAAUCCCACAGCAUAUCAUGAGUCAUCGUAAUGUUGUAACUUACAAAACUAAAGUUUGCAAAUGUUAUUUUGGUGGGAUCUGGAAUUGCUGUGCUUUUUAUCUAUGUCUUCAGAGUAAUCGUGUUACAGGAUUUUAAAGUGAGAAAUGAUGUAGCUAAUGCCUAUCCAUAAAUGCGACUGUUAUGUUGGGAAAAUGUGUCCUCCAUUGUUGCUGUAGCAAAACGUUUAUCAUUAAAAUGCCAAACAUCUUCUCAGUAAAAUUUCAAACUUUCAGUUGAGUACGUACAUCUUCUAUAGGCAUAUAAAUUAUGGAUUUGCCAACCUGAGAGAGUUCUUUAAUAUUGAAGUGUAAGUGUUGGUCUGUAGAAAGAACAGAAGAGUGAAACAUGGGUGUUAGUUCUGGCUCCUUAAUAGACCACGUGACUUUGGGCAAUUCAUUUGCACCCUUGGAGCACUCUAGUUUACUCAUCUGUAAAAGGAGAAUAAUAACACUUAUCUCAUGGACUUGUUUUGUUCAUUCAACAAAUAUUUAUUGACUGCUUAUGUGUAUUUGACACUGUCCUAGACUCUAAAGAUAUAGCAAUAAAUGAGACAAAAGAAUGUU